GCCAAGCGGGUAAUUUUAAAUUUUUUACUUGAGGGAAACAUGGCGUCGCCUAGCCCGAAAUCGCCGGAGCAAUCGGACAAAAGCAAGAAAUAUGAUAGGCAAAUCAGAUUAUGGGGGGAACACGGGCAGUCAAGACUGGACUCAUGUCACGUGUGUCUUGUCAAUGCAACAACUUUGGGCACAGAAAUCAUGAAAUCUUUGGUCCUGCCCGGCAUCGGAGCCUUCACCAUCGUCGAUGGUCACACCAUCAGUGAAAUUGAUCUAGAGACUAAUUUUCUUCUGGAGCAGGACUCUGUCGGCAAGUCAAGGGCUGAGGUUGCGACGAAAAUGUUGCUAGAGUUGAACAAUGAUGUUAGAGGAGAUUUUGUGGAUGAAUCUGUGGAACAAUUGCUCAAUAACAGUCCUGACUUUUUCGACAACUUUACUGUUGUCUAUGCUGUGUCAUUGCCUGAAAGGUCUCUUAUUCCUCUGUCAAAAAAGCUAUGGAGUCAAGGAAUUCCUUUGAUUGUCUGCAAAAGCUACGGCAUGUUUGGUAGUAUUCGUAUCCAAGUGCCAGAGCAUGCCGUUGUCGAAACUCAUCCAGAGCACCCUCUGCCAGAUUUGAGGCUGGACAAACCUUUUCCAUCACUGACGACCCUGGUGGAUGCCAUCAACCUCAGUAGCAUGGGGCUCAAGGAUCAUGCACACAUUCCAUACGUAGUGCUGCUGUAUAAGGCAUUGCAAGAGUAUAGGAAACGACACCCUGAUGGCCACCCUGUCAAAAGGCAAGAGAAGGAUGAACUCAAAAGCAUCCUAAAGGAGGCAAAAUUGAAAGAUGAGCAGGGUGAUUAUUACGACGAAGAGAAUUUUGAAGAAGCCAUCAGAGCUGUGAAUGCAGAAAUUCAGCCCUCAAGAAUUCCUAAUGAUGUGAAAGAUAUUUUGAAUGACCCCUGCUGCAUAAAUUUGACCUCUAGAAGCAAUCCAUUUUGGAUCAUGGCAAGAGCUUUGAAAGAUUUUGUUGAUGGAGAAGGCGGUGGUCUUCUUCCUGUGCGAGGGUCCCUACCAGACAUGACAGCCGAGACCUCAAGAUACAUCUCCCUCCUCACUGCAUAUCAUGAUCAAGCUCAGCGUGACGUUGAGUCGGUCUACAGAAGAGCGCAGCAGCUGCUUGUCGAGUUGAAUUUGCCCCCCGACACAAUCACUGAAAAAGACAUCAAACACUUCUGUAAGCACUCGUAUGACCUCCAUGUAGUGAGAGGUCGCUCGAUAUCUGACGAAGUUGACCCUCGUUCUGCUAACACCCAAGUCAUUGCUUCUCAAUUAGAGGAUCCUGACAGCCGCAUGCCUCAUUACGUCAUCAUGAGAGGCAUUGACCGCUUUUACACAGAGUAUAACAUGUAUCCUGGUCAUUUUGAUGAAAGGCUGGAGCCUGACAUAGUGGAACUUAAGAGUAUAGUCAACAAACUGCUGGGCGAGCUAGGUGUCGGUCACAUCGGAAAAGAUGAUCUUAUUCACGAGUUCUGUAGGUAUGGGGGUCUUGAGCUUCACUCUGUUUCUGCUUUUCUUGGGGGCUGUGCCGCUCAAGAGGGUAUCAAGUUCAUCACGUCUCAAUACAAGCCCAUCAAUAACACUUUCAUCUAUGAUGCCAUGACUUGUCAGUCGUCAACAUUUGUGUUGUAAUAUUUAAUUUAUUUAUUGAUUUUGUGAGGAAUUCAGUGAAUUUCUCAAUUUGAAGAUCUAAAUCGGCUGGCAUGUGGUGAUAAUAAAUAUUUGUGUACUUCACUAAA